CAGUGAGGCACUGCUGAGCCCGAGUCGAAGGUCACGUGACUGGGCGCGCUACGUCAUUUUCCCGCCACGGUGAAUCGCGUGCGCUUCUGGGUGGAGGGUGCGGGGCUGUGCAGCGUGCUUCGGAGUAGUUUGGCGUGAGCAGCAUUGUUAGCACUGUUUGUGUAUUGUAUUUAAUUUCUUUACAGCUUUCCAAGACCUGUGGCUAUGCCUUCUGUUGAAGACUGGAUCAACAACCCACUGGGUGUUAUCGAUGGGAUUUUUGCUCAGAGCAGCUCCAGUCCAGACUGGGAGAAGAAAGCAGUGGAGUAUUUCAAAGAGAAACUGAAAGUAAACAAGGCACAGUCCUGGGUUCCCUCUCUGAAUGAUGUGCCUCUGCACUACCUGAAGCCCAACAGCUUAGUGAAGUUCCGCUGUAUGGUCCAGGACAUGUUUGACCCUGAAUUCUUCAUGGGGGUUUAUGAAACAGUGGAUCCUUCAACAAAUGCAAAAGUGUUGAGAUGUGGAAAGUACAAAGAUGUUACUGACUGUGGGCAGGUGGAUUUCAACUCAAGAAAAACUGUCACUUCAGAGAGACAGACUUUUUAUUGUGUCCCUAUCCCAGGAGAAUCUCAGUGGGUGAAGGAAAGCUAUGCUGGUGCCAGUCAAGCUCGAGUAGUACCCUCCACGUCCUACACCCCAAACAGGCACAAACGCAGCUAUGAAGAGGAUGAAGAGAUGGACACACAGGCUCAGCAGAAUGAAGAAACCUCUGGACCACAGAACGUAUCCGACUCCCACAGGAACGUGGACUCAAAACGUUUGGAGACAGAAGCUCCUAGUCAGAACACAUCGCCCUCGCACUGCUCAUCUACCCUAGAUCUCAACUUCCCUCUGCCUGGAGAGAGAGGUCCAGCCUGCCUGGUUAAGGUAUACAACGAAUGGGACAGCUUCAAACUGAACGACAUGCUGGAGGUCUUUGGCAUUCUCUCAGUCGACCCCGCUCUCAGCUUGGUAGCUGAAGACAAGGAAGCAUCAUCUUUCCUGGACCCUACAGAGAGCAUGGAGACUGUGGAGGAGCAGAGAGCUCACAGUCCUCCUGCGUCACUCGUGCCUCGUCUACACAUGCUGUACGCCGAGCCGCUGCAGCACAACAAUCCACUACUGCCCUCUGCCGUUUCAGAGGACAAGGGAGCCUUUUUAAACAGUGUCAUAAGCGAGAUGAGUUCAGUCCGAGCCGAGCUGCUCACUUACCUCACACACGUCUUCCUCGGUGACUCGCUUGCCGCCGAGUAUCUCAUUCUCCAUCUCCUCUCUAGCGUGUAUGCCAGACGAGAUGUUCUUCCUCUGGGUAAAUUUGCACUGAAUGUCAGCGGCUGCCCCCACACUUCUCCCUACACAGAACAGCUCUACCAAAUCAUCCAGCAGCUUGUGCCAUCUUCGUAUCGGCUGUGUAUGAGUCUCCACAACAUGAACACACAGCGCAUGGUGCCACGGAAAGACUACACAGCCAACCGGCUGGUAAGCGGAGCUCUGCAGCUGGGCAGAAACACCUCUCUUGUUCUGGAUGAGACGCAGCUUGAGCAAGGUCAACUGGACACAACAGGCGUGCGGAACAUCACAGCAUUGGGGAACCUGAUCUCCUGGCAGAAGGUUGAUUACGACUUCAACUACCACCAGAUGGAAUUCCCCUGCAAUAUUAACGUGCUCAUCAUGUCCGAGGGCCGAUCGCUGCUCCCGUGUGACUGUCAGGUGCAUCUGUGUCCCACCGUGAGCCCCCCUAACCUGGAGGAGUACCUGAAGACUGUACAACAUGCACAACUUCCAUCUCAGCUCAACAAAUACCGUGUGUACCUCACCGUGGCUCGCUCACUGGACUACAGCAUCUCUGACCAAAUUACUAAGGCAGUAGAGGAAGACUUUGUUGAAAUGCGUAAGGACGACCCUCAAAGCAUUUCUGCUGAGGACCUGCACAGGAUGCUGGUAGUCGCAAGACUGCUGUCUUUAAGUUAUGGGCAGACGACUCUUUCCAGAGAAGGCUGGAUGAAAGCCAAGCAGCUAGAAAUUCUGAGGACUAGCCGGACACAACAGCAUAAAUGUGUGAAUGGCAAUGAGCCUUAAACUUAAUGUCUAAGUUUCUUAUUAAUCGGGAUAACAAUUAACAUGUUGAUGUUAAGUAAUAUUGUGAUUUCUCUCUUUGUACAGCACCAAGGUUUUCUUUUUCUUUUUUUUUCUUUUUUUUUACUCAACCCUUUUUAAAGGCGUGAGGAAGAAAAAUAAAUCCAUGGGUAUUUUUGAAUAUAUUUUUUGAUAAGUCUCGAAACAUUGUGCCGAAACGCAUUUAUAUUGAUUGAUAAUGUGACAAAACAAACUUGUAAGAGAAAACAUCCUUGCAGGAAAAGCAUUUAACAUUCUAGCUCAGAACUUAUUAGAGAAAAUUAAAAUAAAGUUGAUAUCUUCUAAGAGGAAA